AAAAUGUAUCAGUUUCGUUGUUCUUUUCUUGCAUCAUGAACGUUCAACUUUAUCCUCUCGUAUUUUCUUGCCUCAUCCUGGUAUCUUUUGAUUUGUCCCCAAAGUUUCUCGGAGCUGUUAAGUUUGAUUCAAGCAACGCAACAUCAAUCAACUUGACAUUUCCUUUUCAAAUAUUGGAUAAGCGCAGACCAAUAUCAUAUAUGACUGCUGCUGAAGUGCUUGCAUAUGAAGAAAAUGAAACCAACGUGCCAAAAAUAGAUUUUGUAAACACGAAUGGAACUUAUUUUCAGCCUGACACUGCGGGAAUUUCAUUUCUCGACUCUAACUCGUCCCUGACGCCGCAAAUCAUAGGAGGAAACUCAGUUCAGCAACGCCAAUUCCCGUGGCUCACGCUGAUCAUCAUCAACCUGAGUUCCAUGUGCGGUGGGUCACUUAUUUCUGAACGAUGGGUUCUCACUGCGUGUCAUUGCACGCGAGGAAUGUGGUCGGGCUUAAUAUUUGCUGGAGGCAUUAACCGUUUGAUAAACGAGACGUUUGAAUUUCUCCAAUUUUCUAUGAGCUCCUCUUGUCACGAGAAUUAUAACGAUAUCUAUGUUAUCAACGACAUCUCAGUCAUUCGCUUGGCAAGCCCGUUCACACUUACGGAAUUCGUCAAUGUCGUUCAACUGCCCAGAAUUUCUGACGCUACCAACUAUUUUGCUGGAAUCACAACCACUGCCGCCGGUUAUGGAAGGACCAGUGAUUCAUCUCCAUUCAGCAUAUUUCUGCAAGCGGCUGAUUUAAGCACCAUUAUCAACUCAAAAUGUGCUGCGUACUAUGGUGGCCAAAGCAUUGUGUCCUCCUCGUUGUGCACCGGAAUUGACCCAACAAAAGCAACUUGUGAAGGUGACAGCGGAGGUCCUUUGGUUUACAAAGAGACAGCAACGAGAUACACGCAAAUCGGCAUUGUAUCGUUUAGCUCGAUUGAUGGGUGCCUAGUAGCGCCGGCAGCGUACACAAGGGUCACUUCCUAUCUUGGCUGGAUUUCGGCCAAGACCGGCAUUAUUAUCAGAAUGUGACCAAGGUGGAUGAUGCAUUUUGAAUCAAAAUCACGAUUCUACUAUUUAAAUUUGCCACGAAUAUUUUAAAUUUGAUUUUCACGUAAAAAUAUGUAUUUUUAAUUCUGCCCUCAAGUCUCAUUCAAUUAUAAUAAAAAUUUCCCAAUAAAAAG